AUAUACAUAUACUCUAGAGUAUCCCUUAUCCGCUCCCAACAAAAGCUUGUUUUCAUUCACCUUCUUACGCACGCACUAUUUUCGGCAGUUAUUUUCAUGAUCGAGUUGGAAUAUUAUGUGGAGCAUGGCGUUUUCUGUUAUGUUAUCCACUGUGCACACAACAGACCAGACGUUCCCUACACUCUUGGUCUCAGAGUGUGCGGUUAACAUAUGGGAUGGGAUGGAGCGGUAUACAAUUGGGAUAUAUAUUCAGUACUGGUAUAGGCCGGUAUGGAUGGAUUCCUGUUUUGGCUCGGUCCCAGUGAUGCGCCAGGGAAAUCACGGUUCAGACGUUGCUUGGUCCCUUGAGGAGUUGGACCGGGUCAACUUCGACAGGCUGUGUAUGGAAUUAUGCAGGUCCUGUAGUGAAUGAGGUAGUGUCUAACCCACACGAUUUUAGACAAA